AUGCCUCCCAUUCUCAAACGACGAAAGCUUUCAGACCUACUAGUAACUGCAAAAAAUACAAACGAAUUGCUUCAUAUGCUUCAGGAAUAUCGUUCCAACCUUGAUGAAGGAGACGAGGAUUUGUCUGCUGGUCUGGUCGAUAAACUCCAAGAACUGCGUGACAAAUUGGAAGACGUUAAGUACACUUCCUUCUCUAAGGUGGAUCCAAUGACGCUCUUUUCAUUGGGGAUAUCGUGUGGUCCACUUUUAUUGAUCAGCGACAAGAGGCAAGAAGUCGAAAACCUUGGAUUGGCCGAAAUAUCAGGGUGUCUUCCGAUUGAUACUGUACGAUCCCAGAUAAGUUUAGUGCGCGGCCACGUCGCAAUGGUGACGGAAGCUGGAUGUCGCAUCUUGAUCAACAUACUCUUAUUGAGAGUUCUAUCGGUCAUGUGUCAGGGAGACACGACGGUGAACAUAAUUCCAGAAUUCCCUAUCCCUAGAACGAUCUUCGACCGAGACUCUGGCAAAUGUUCGUUUAGUGGCGUCGUCGACUUCCUGGUGACUAAACUCCCCGCUGGGUACACCGAAUACCUCCUGGGCGAUCCGACCACAGCACUGACAAAUUCCGGAAGCAUCAAGGGACCAAUGACGACCACUAUCUUCGAAGCCAAGCGCGAUAAUGUUCGGGCUGCUCUGCCUCAGGCUGCAAUUGCUGCGGCUUCGUAUUGCCAAUUGCAGGGGUCAGCCCUCUGUCGUUCUAUGUUCUGUGACGUAGUCUAACUUUAUGAUAGCUUAUCUGUCAUCCAUCAGACAUCCAACCAC